AUUUAUGAGAGCUGAUAUGAGCACGUUUCUUUUGUCAGAGCAAUAGACCUACCUGUCUGUUCGUUACAAUGCAAUAUUUUGUCAAUAUUUGCUAUAAUAUUUGUUGUAUAAUCAUAUGGGCCAUAAUAACGCCACACGACAAUACAGCUCAAAUCACAGGUUUCUGAUAUGAAAGAAAUGAGUUGAAAGAUAUGGGGUUUUUUUGUUCUCCAGACACCUGGCAUCGAUCUGUCUCCAUCCAUUAGGAUCAAAACACUGAGGCAUUUUAAAGACAUCUCAGACGCCUACAAAUAUGCGACCCUCCACACAAACUCUGCGCAAUUAUUACCCCAAAAAUGACAACAAUGCAAACACCAGCCGGGGCCCAGAGCUCCAUCUACUCUGAUGGGAACAGCUUCGACAUGUGGCAUGACUACAUGAACCUGGGGAGACUGCUGGAGAGGCUGUGCGACAGGCGUGAGGCGGACCUCAGAGACACCAAGGGUCCCCAGAAAGAAGCAGCAGGACGGUGGAGUCACAUCCAAACCUUCAAGAAGUCCGCAGAGACCAGCUCGGUCAGCAGCCUGUCCGACACCAGCAGCAGCGGGACAAACUCCUCAGACUUCUGCCGCUUCUGUAAGCAGAACGGGGAGUCUCCGAGGGUGUACCGGUCACACAAGCUCAAGGCAGACGACGGGAGAGUCAUCUGUCCCAUCCUGUGGAACUACACCUGCCCCAUCUGUGAGGCCACCGGGGACCGGGCUCACACACGCCGGUACUGUCCUCAGGCGCAGCAGCAGGGGGCUGCGAAGACGCCGCCAGGGUCCGGGUUCCGGUAGGUCAACUGAUGGAGAACACUGAAAGACUGAUGGCACUGAAAAAAACAACAACUCUAUAUUUACCAAAAAAUGUUUUCGUCACGUGUUCAUGUUUACACAGACUGUUGUGGGUUCUCAAGACGUUUUGACUGAAAUGUUUUGUAUUUGAUUUCGUUUUAAAUGUGUUGCUGUUACUCUGUUGGGGUAGUUUAAUCCGAACAGCAUGAAGAAAAACAUGUGAUCAAACCUUAAAAAACUGAGUCAAAAAUUAUUUGAAACUGCAAAACUAAAACUGGCUUCUUGUAUACAUGAUCAAAAAUAAAUAUGUGAAAAGUUA